GUACAGGAUAAGUAAUGUAAUGUAUGUACACAGUGACCUCACCAGCAGAAUAGUGAGUACAGCUCGGGGGUAUAAUACAGGAUAUAACUCAGGAUCAGUACAGGAUAAGUAAUGUAAUGUAUAUAGGUUGGUCAGCGGUGUCUGUGCUCUUCAGUGACCUGUUUUGUCCUCUGUAGGUUUACACCAUUAAUCUGGAGUCUCGGUACUUGCUGGUGCAGGGGGUCCCGGCCAUCGGUGUUAUGAAGGAAUUGGUCGAGCAGUUCGCUCUGUACGGAGCAGUAGAAGAAUACAAUCCUCUGGAUGAAUACCCGGCCGAGCAGUUCACAGAGGUUUAUCUCAUCAAAUACCAGCGCGUACAGAGCGCACGAGUCGCCAAAAGGAAGUUAGACGAACGCAGUUUCUUCGGAGGAAUCCUUCAUGUCUGCUACGCCCCGGAGUUUGAGAGCGUACAAGAGACCAGAGAAAAACUACAAGACAGAAGGCGGUAUGUGGCCCGAGCAACCGCGGAAAAAG